CAUAGCAGCUGAUCUAUAUAGGGAUGGUGGCUGUGGGACUUCUGUUUUCGCAGCUACGUCCUGUAUCUAUCCUUCCCUAAACAAUAUCUUCCAAAAGCUCAAAACCAUGUCUGCCUUUGUUGGAAAAUAUGCAGAUGAGCUGAUAAAGAAUGCAAAGUACAUUGCCACACCAGGGAAGGGAAUUCUGGCUGCAGAUGAGAGUACUGGCACAAUUGGGAAGCGUCUAGCCAGUAUCAAUGUUGACAACAAUGAGUCCAACCGCCAAGCUCUCCGCGAGCUUCUCUUUACUUCCCCCAACUCCCUCCCUUUGCUCUCCGGUGUCAUCCUUUUCGAGGAGACUCUCUACCAGAAAACCUCAGAUGGGAAACCAUUCGUCCAAGUCCUCGAAGAGAACGGUGUAGUUCCAGGCAUCAAGGUCGACAAGGGCACUGUUGAAUUGGCAGGAACCAAUGGUGAAACCACCACACAAGGCUUUGAUUCACUCGGAACUCGGUGCCAGCAGUACUACAAGGCUGGUGCACGCUUUGCAAAGUGGCGUUCUGUACUCAAAAUCGGUCCUACUGAGCCUUCCGAACUGUCGAUUCAACAGAACGCACAGGGAUUGGCUCGUUACGCAAUAAUCUGUCAAGAAAAUGGACUGGUUCCAAUCGUUGAGCCGGAGAUUUUGACUGAUGGAGAUCAUGACAUCAAGAAAUGUGCUGCUGCAACUGAGAUUGUGCUUGCAGCUGUUUUUAAGGCAUUGAAUGAUCACCAUGUUCUUCUUGAAGGCACACUCCUCAAGCCAAACAUGGUCACUCCUGGCUCUGAUAGCCCUAAGGUGGCAGCAGAGGUGAUUGCGGAGUACACAGUAACAGCGCUCCGCCGGACUGUACCAGCAGCAGUGCCAGGAAUUGUGUUUUUGUCCGGUGGACAGAGCGAGGAGGAGGCGACGCUGAACCUAAACGCAAUGAACAAGCUAGAGGUGUUGAAGCCAUGGACGCUUUCGUUCUCAUUCGGACGAGCAUUGCAGCAAAGCACACUCAAGACAUGGGGAGGGAAGAAGGAGAAUGUAAAGAAAGCUCAAGAGGCAUUCUUGGCAAGGUGCAAGGCCAAUUCAGAGGCCACUCUUGGGAAAUAUGGUGGAGGAAGUGCUGGUGGAUUGGCCUCCCAGAGCUUGUUUGUCGCGGGUUACAAGUACUAGCCAGUAGUUCUUACUUCUUAGGCCUCUUUGAAAAAAAUUAUCAUGAAAAACAUAAAAAUCUCUCUUACCAUGCUUAAUUUUGGUAUAUCAUAUUGUACUCAAGUUGUUCAUAUUUUCUGCCUUUUAUCCUUUUUAAUCCACUUUUCAUAUACGAAGAGGCUGUUUCCGAA